AUGAGAAUCGUUGAGGCGGAGGAGCAACAGGCGGCGUCUGCGGCUACUGUGGCAGACUGGGCGGGCGGAGGCUCCACCAGCGGUGACGGCGUUGCGAGCGGCAGUGUAACAGCGGCGGCGGCGGCGACCAAACGGCUCCGGGAGCAGGAAGGUGGCUACGAGUUCACCCCUGCGGGAGUGUUUGCGUGCGCGCUGCGGCUGCGGCAGGAGCGCAGCUCUGGCACGCAAGCAGGGAAGGUCUCGGAGAAAGAGCUCGCCGAGCUCUUCUCCACGGAGGGUGAGCGGAGGCGAGUUACCAACGUGAUCUUCAAGAAUGCGAUCGCGUGUGCGGAGAUGGUCCCGCUGCCUGCUGCAGUGUUCCGAGAGCAAAAGGAGGCGCUCAACCGGGCACUGGCAGACCUAGAGGCGUCUCGCGCGUCGCAGGCAUCGCGCGUGGAGGAGGCAGCGGGGUCUCUUGUUGCUGGAGAGGGAGCUUGUGAUCUGCCUGCAAGUGACAGCGACAUGGCAGGGAUGGCAGCGGAGCUGGCGACCACGACGGCGCCAGCAGUGCAGCAUGCGCUGCAGUCGCCGGAGGUGGAGCAGCUCACCGCGGAGAACGUCGAGCUGCGCAAACAGUUGGACAAUCUGAAGAGGAUCUCGCGGGCCCUUACAGCUGCCAUCGACGGCACGGAUUGA